AUGGCUGGCUACAACCGCAAAACAUGUGGGUAUCCUGAGGACCUGCUCUCCGAGGUUGCCGCUGGGGGCGAAGCCUCAACCUCCGCCCAGACCAGCUCAACCAGCCAGUCGAAGAGCAAAGGCGGCAAAAAUUCGAAGGGCAAGAAGAAGCCGAAGAAGUCCGGGAAAGCCGCCGACAGUGGUGAACACAGUGGCCCGAAGAAAUACACCGUUGCCGUCGCGGAGUACAUCCCGCUGGCUCAAUUCAUAUCCACCUCGAAGAGUGAAAAGGCUAAAGUGCCCGGAGUGUUCGCAAUUGCCAUUAAUCGGGUCAUCCGGCUGCGGAAGGAGUUCAGUUCGAAGCUAGCUGGCAUCAAGAACAAACGAAACCCAGAGUCCGACAUGGGUCACAAUUAUUUCAUCGGCAUUCUCGAGCAGGAAUUCCUCGACGCUCCCGACAUUGAAAAACCGAAGGUUGUCUACGAGGCAGAAGAUACUAUGUCUGACACGGACGCCCUGUUCAUCUUGGACCUCCUGUGGAAGGAUCUUAUCAAUGUUCGGGGUGCGAUCAAAGCCAUGUGGAUAAACUAUAACAAAGGGUCCGAUGCGGACUUGACGGCUGUGGCAGUUGCCUCCAACACCGGGUUCGACUUGGCACGUCAUAUGAUUGACGACGUUUUCCCGGUACUCGAGUCGCAAAAGAAUGGUUUCUACGGUGCGCUGAAGAAUAAGCAUUACAUGCUUUGCGACCUGAUCGUAUCCUGGUCUAUGACGCCCGGAAACACCGACGCACCAGAGCUUGGCCUCAGAAUUGAUGACAGCGUAGACGACUUGUUCUACAUUGGCGGCAGGGAGAGCUUUUUGAACACUCUCAGUAUCCUCAGCGAGGUACUACCGGGGUUGCAAUCGAAUAAGAAACCCAUUGAGCCUGUUGACCUCGACAAUAUGAAGGAUGUCAUGGCUCGGAAGGGGGUCCCGAAGUUCGACCGCGACCGCGACAUUCUCAAGCAUGUGUUUGAGGAUGUCGCAUUCAUUGACGACCAUCUCGGAAAGAAAGGUCCUUCCGAGUUGAUAGAAUGGCCACAUGUCAUCGAAGACAACCUACUGCGCGGCCUAAGGGAAGCUCGUCGAACUGGGAAGAUACCCUUCUACCUGGCCUUCGCGUCACAGGUGCUGCUUGAUAUUCACCACUAUCUCGGCAAAAAGAUCUCCAAGCCGAAAGACGAGAUGCUGGAUAUCAUGCAGAAGUUGUGUGAUCAGUUCAGUGAGUAUUAUCGGGUGCUCACUACUUUGGACGUGUUCGAAGAAUUCGACGAGUAUGAUCACGAGAUGAGAGAAGUGGCCACAGGCUGUCUGGAACUACAAGAGGAUCCCAUUUACAUGGCCAAGCUGGCUUUGCAGAAGAAGAAAAAGCUUGGAAGCGCGGCCAAACCGGAGAAACAUGGCUUUUGGAAAAGGCAUCCCAUCGCAUGCGGCCUGCUUCUUUACGCGUACCGGUUCACCAUGUAUCGCACAAGCAUUCAUUCCGCGAACGUUUCCCGAUCAAUUCUCUGCGCCAUGCAUCUGUAUAACGCUGUGCAGGCUGAAGGGCAACUCCAGCAGUCUUGGCCUGAUCUAGAAGCAGCCAUGGCUCUACUCGGGCUCUCUCAAUUCUUCAUCGGGGGCAAAGUCCCGGGAGAGAUGAAAGAGUAUGCCAAGAGUCUCAUGAUGCAGCUUGGCGUGUCGGCCACGAGUUUCAUGGAUCCUUCCAAGCGGCGAGGCAAAACUCGGACGAAGGUCUUUCAAGAUGUAUACCACCGUUUGAUCCAACUCAACACCCCAACUUGGAUGGCGUUCUAUGACAGAUACGUCGCCAACUACGGACGAACGGGACCAGGUGCCUGGAGACUUGAGGAUGUCUAUGAGAUCAUCCCCGAGCGUUUCCACUUCCCUGCAGAGGAGGAUUCGAAGACGCCACAAAAGCCAAAGAAAACCAAGUCGAACGGCAAAGCUGCCAGGAAGCCGGUACAUCCCGAGGCCAUGGACCCUGCCAGCGUGAUCAUCGACCUUUCCAACGCACUGGAAUAUGAGGCCUACCAAGUGUCCUUCCCUUUCUUCGUUCUUCAUGCUCAAGCAUUCUGGGUGUUACAAGAUCUCAGAGAAGACAUCAGACCGUUCGUCGAAGAUGUCAUCGGACCAGUGCCCAACGAGCUCGGCAGGCCCGCCACGCCCUGCCACGUUGUAGAAAUCUUGCAGGCUUGCAAAAAUCACCCGGACCCGGCGCGAGCGCUGUUCAUGAUGCGGCUCUCCGCUGACCAUCUUGAGCGCGUGCUGACUGCGGGGCUAGGGCCGGGCCAGUUUUGGGGUCCUCCCAUCCCAGGUGUGACGUGGCGGGAAGAAGGCCCGACCUGUACGAAAGGCGAGGCGGCCCUUAUGCAUUUACAAAGGCCUGGGUAUGAUCUUCCUUGGAGAGCAGAACCCAUUUUUGAGGAGGAAGAUGAGGAGGAAGAUGAAGACGAUUGGGUCAUCAAAUUUCGUUGA